AUGAUGAAUAUCAAAAACGGAACUCGCCUAAACGGAACAGUCAAUUGUUCAUCCGAUGCUUUAUUUACUUUCGAUGUUACAACUGUGUUCAAUAAUAUCAUACGUAAAGAUACAGCGAAUACUUUAUUUGUUACAGUUUAUUGGCUAAGCAUCAUAGUAGCUGUAUUUCUCAAUAUAGUCGGAAUAAGUCAAGCUAUCAUUGAUCACUGUACAUAUGAUGACUCCAAAGGAUCAAACUGGUGUUUAAAAUCGAUACUUUCGAUAGGUUCGCAACUUCUUCAAAAAGGUUCCUUCAUUUUUCCAACGUAUUUCAUUGGCAUUUUUAAUUACACUCAAGUAUGUUUAAACCAUCAUACGAAAGAAUCCUUGUUUAUACUUCAUCAUACUUAUAUCGGCAUUGCAAUCUCGCUGAUUAGCAUGAUUUAUCUGAUCAUUUGGACAUUAGCCUGUUGUGAUACUCGUCGAAACAUACGUAAUGAUAAUAUUCUAUGGGUAAAACUUCUCGAAACAUUGACUUGUGAAAAUGAGUUAGCAUGUGGAAUCGUAACCAUUUUAUUAUGUUUACCGGUGAUUCCAUUAGGCGUCUACGGUGUAUUCGUAUGGAUUACAUCUUUAAUGGAAUCACUAUUGAAAAUCAAAGCUAUUUUGAUAAGCAGUAACUUGUUAAUUGGCAUCACCUAUGAAAUAACCAAACAUUGUAGAUAUGAGUGA